AUGGAAAGAAUAUUCAAUUGCAGCAAGUGGGUAUCUGAAUGUUGGGAUGAUGGAGAAAGCUUUGCUGAUGCUAAGGAAGAUGAGAGUGUGAUGCCCCUUCAAAGAAGGAAACUAGCAUUUGAGUUUCUUCUCAAUCUUUAUGCAAAAACUAACAAUAAAAAUGAACUUUACAGAGUUCGGAACGCAUACAAGCCAUCAUAUGUACUAGUGGAUACAUCAUGUUGCCACAUGAUUACUGCUCUAGCGCAGCUGGAUGAUCUUGAUGGAGCUGAGAAGAUAUUUGGGGAGUGGGAGUUACAGUGCACCAUUUAUGAUUUACGGGCUGAUUCAGUUGUAAACAGCGCUGAGAGAGGAAGAACACCAUAUGCCAGUACAUGGAAUGUUUUAGCUAUGGGGUUUAUGGAGCAUAAUCAGAUGCCCAAGGCAGUUAAGAUGUUGAAGAAGGCAAUGUCCGUUGGAAGAAGAGGGUGGAGGCCAAGUUCCAUGGUAUUUGCAGCCCGUCUGGAGUACUUGGAAGAGCAAGGAGAUGGAAGAGGAAUGGAGGAGAUGGUAUGUUUAUUGAAGAACUCAGGGCCUUUGACAAGGGAUAUGUAUCAUAGUUUGCUGAGGUGUCGCAUCAAGACAGUUUCUGAGAUUGUUGAUCAGAUGAAAAUGGAUGGUUUUGAUGCUGACAAAGAAACACAUAAGAUCCUUGAAAGUGUACCAAGUUUAUUGCCCCAUUGGGGCCGUCUUUUUUUAUGA